ACUAACUAGGAAGCAGCCAUUUAGUUAGCUGGUCUGGCUCACUGCUGGGGGCGGAGGGAGAAGUAACAGACAGCCUUAGUAAAAGAGACAAGCAAAAAAAAAGACUAGAGCACUGAAGUAAGAAAGCUGUAAGAAGUACUGGAGAAGAGUAAAUACUGCAAACAUCUAAAUAUCUCAGAGGACACGUUACUUGAAACAGAAUCUACCAGGAGGACUAACUUCUUUGUUUUGUUUUACUGCAUUACUGAUUCUCUGUCUUAGAUCAGAAGCGUGUGUCUGGAGCUAAAGCUACCAUUACAUUCAUGAGAACAUCUGUAGGCAGAAGAGACGCUGCCGAACAAUGGAAAAAGAAUGAUCAAGAGUGAAGGAAAAGGCAGGGGAGGAGACCAAAGGUGAAUAACAUACAAGACUCAGGAAAGAACCACUUCAAUAAAUCAAAUUCAAUGAAGCAACGCACACAACUGUGUUUCGAUUAGUAGGCCUCAAAUCGAUGUAAUCCUCUGAUCUGCGAUGAUGGACUCGACCACCUCUGACAACUUGUCCUACCCAAAGCACAUAUUGGAUAUCUGGGCCAUUAUCCUUGUUAUUAUUGCCACUGUCAUUGUGAUGACUGCCCUUCUGCUGUGUCCAGCAGCAGCUGUGAUAGCAUACAGAGUAAGGACUAACCCAGCAAGGAACGGGAUUGUGUGAACCAGCAUUGUGAAGGGACUAGCAGUUCAGACCACUGCACUUUAUAAGCAUCUUAAACAGGAAAAAAGGAAUGUACAUAGAAAGAAACUUCUGGAGAUACAUGCAACAACAAAUGGCAAGUCAUCAUGAAAUUAUAGAAGAAUUGCGCUAUACCUAGUGCAGAAUUUAAAGUUUCAACUGACAUGCCUAUCAGCUUCAGUGUAUUUUCCAAAGUCAGUGUAAUUCCAAGAGUAAGCAUUGCACAGGAUGAUAACAUUUUACUUUUAGGAGGAAUUGUUAGCAACUUACUUAUAUACAUAUGAUUCACAGUAUUAUAUUAAUCCCUUUCACCCCCAAAGCUGCUCUCAGUUUUGAAUGGUUAAUGUUAUUUCACUUUCUUUAAAGGGAAAUGCUAUUUAUGUGAAAAUGUGAAAGGAAAAAUUAACAUAUAAAAUCUGUAAUACUGUAAACAAAAGUUAGGAGCAGGUUUUAAAAUGUGCGUGUUAAAGUUACACUCUAACUGCUUAUUUCAAAAUAUGUUUUAGUUUAGAUUAUUGCAUUAUUUAUGUUUCUUGAAAGUUUUCCUUCUUUUCUGAAGUACAAACUUACACAGUACCAAAGACAAUGUCACAUCACAAGUUUCACAGAAAAGCACAUUCUGGUCAUUAUGUCCUCAUUUCAUGUUUCUGUUUUUUACAUCUUUAACUGACACAGCAGUCAUAUUUCAUUAUCUACUAAUGUAAAUUAGAUAUAAAUACUGAGUUUUACCACAAGAUGUUAUGUUUUUCUGGAUUGGUUUUUCAUGUUGGAUUGCUUAUAGCAAGAAAGACACACAAAUAUAAGUAGCCUUGCACAGUUUUGCUAAAAAAAUAUCGGAAGAUUAUGGGUUCUUGCUUUUACAAAUGUAAUUCAUUUUUGUUGUCAUUUUGUAUUCAGUAGACUAAGACACACACACACACACACACACACACACACACACACACACACACACACACACACACACUCUCUCUCUCUCUUCAGUUCCUUCUGCCUGCAUUAAGUUUAGCCUAGGGCAGGGGUGGGCAAACGUUUUGAUUCGUGGGCCACAUUGAGUUCUAACAUUUGACAAAGGGGCCGGAACAGGAGCAGAUAGAUGGCAUGCUUUGAAAACAUCACCUCAUUGGGGGAAAAAUACACAU